GGUACCGAUCACAAGUAGAAGUGGAAAGUGGUCAGUCAUUAGUCAAUGCAGUCUAUAAUUCACCAAGAGCUUCAAAGAAAAGCUCCAGGCAUGUGUCUGGCUCUUUAUACGUUUUCGCAAUCAACAAACCCAUUUUCGCAAGAUGCCGAGAAGUGACACCUGGCCAGGUGGAGUAGCGUUGGACACCAUGAAAGAGAUGGACAGUGCGGGCAGCUGUGACAGUGUCGUCAGCUUCAACUCUGGAUUUAGCGAUGACAGCCUGGAGCACCUCUCUGCAGAGGAAAGAGCCUGCCUCAUGUUCCUGGAGGAGACCAUCGAAGCCCUUGAGACGGAGGAGGACAGCGGACUGUCCAAUGACGAGCCAGACAGUGUUCCGGCGCCAGGGAACCUGGUCACUAGAAUGGCGAAUCUCUCUGCCUCCAUGAGCCACAGCAAAUUAAAACACGAGGUGUCCAUUUGUCACAAGGCAGAGCCUGUGAACAGAAUCAGCAAAGAUCACAACCAGAUCCUGAAUUAUCUGGUUCCCACACCUCUGGUCCUGGCCAAUGGGUCCACCAAUGUCCUUUCCAAGCCAAGGAGGGGUUUCACACCAAAGGGAGGAAGCUCCUCCAAACCUGUGCCGGCUGUGACCAGUAAAGCAUCGCCGGCUCACCCCACCAUCCCCUCUGAGGUGAACGUGGUGGUGAUCCCACCUCCGCUCAAAGAGACCAGCAGCCCGGCGAGAGCCACUGACCAGCCAGCCCCGCGGGAGCAGAGGCUGGCCGAGUGUGCUUCCCCACGGGGCCCGCUGUCGUACGAAGGCCUGGUGCAGCUCCGCAAGACGGCCUCCAUGAAGAAAGCCCAGGAGGCCUCGCACACCCCAGAGAGCCAGGCUAAGCAGCCCUCUAAGCCAAUUAAACAGAUUCUGCUUGACGACGGGAGUCCACACGGCCAGAGCGACCAGUAUGGCGUCAGAAAGCCCAGCCCUCCCACUGUGGCGCCGAAACCGAAAAAGAUCCCCUCGAAUGUCCCCACGAGUCCGCAGACGGACAAGACUGUAAUGAAUCCUCAGAAGGUCAGGAUGGAGGCGUUGUACAAACUGGGGCUCUUGAAAGAUCAAGAGGCGUCCACAGCGCCUUGUCCAAGUCAUCAAUCGAAAUGGGUGCGCCCACCUGUGUGUCCGCCUCCUCCUCCUCCACAUCCUCCUCACCCUCCUCAUCCUCCCCAUCCACCUCAUCCUCCUCCUCCUGCUCAUCCUCCUCCUCCUGACCCUUGUUCAGUCCCGGAGCCGCCCUUCUGCAAACCACCUCCCGUACCUACCACGGCACAGCUCAAAACGAGGCAGACGCACUGGACGAGUGGCGGGGCCCACCACCACCGCUCCCUGAGCGACGCCACAUCCGGCGCUCAGCCGCUGUCGGUGAAGCCCGUCACGGGCAAGUCGGCCACCCUGGAGCGCUCUGGACCGGGCCUGGGCAGCUCGCUGUCCAGCCACACGGUUUCAUCAGACAACGGUUACAGGGACACCAAAAAAAACAACCCCCCGGAGUGGACAAACAACAAUAACAACAGCGUCCUCCACAACAAGCCCCGCUCCGCAACACUGGACACGACCAGAAAAGACUGCAAAGACAGCGGACAGAAGGACGGAGGCUCUUCCGCGUCAUGGAAGUCCCUGGAGUCCGGAGUCAAACGUCCUGUGUUGAGCCAGUCAGUGCCCCACAAUGUACUGAUGCUGCCUCGCAUGGGUGAGGACCGGCGGGAAGCCCUGAGGAAACUAGGGCUGUUAAAAGACUAGACGCCAUUCAUUGCCCUCCCCUCUAAAAAACUACAUUUCCCAAAAUUCAAAGGUUUAUGUGGUGUGUUCAAAAGGAUCCCAACAAUGUUGUUUUUUAUCGAAUGCACAAACUACAAACUACAGUUCAGUCAUGUUUGGUCAAGAGGUCUCUUUAAACAGUAUCAUAAAACAAUUAGCUGCAGGGCAUAUUGGUUCAAAUGUUAAAGGUGCAUUAUGAGUUUUUGGGAGGCAUUGUGCCUUGUUUUGGGAGGCCCAGUGCAAAAUAGCACUGCCCUGUAUAUUUAUGGUGUGAAAUCUGUGUGAUAUUGUACGGCUGCAGAGAGAUUUCAAGGAAGAAAUAACUUGUAUUCAUUUAUCACACUGCAAUAACAGAUGCAUUUAGUGUCAGGUCUGAAGUUAGCAAACUGCAACAGUACUCACGCACAUCUCAAAACCCCUAUUAUUCAAAUAGUAUGUAACACUUAAAAGGCACUUUAUAUGAAAUGGGACAUUUUCAAUGUAGACAUGGCUGCUCUGUGACUACCAGUAUCAGCAAGGACAAGGUGGUUUGACCAGUCAGGCGUUUGUAAUUUUCUGUCAGCCAUAGACAGUGUUAUCACAGUUUAUAAAAAAAAAACCCUCAACAUUCAGUUAUGUCCCUUUUGCCACCGGCAAGAGUUUCUGUAGUGCUCAAGUUUCUCAGUGCUCAGUCUUCUUCAAUGCGGCAUCAAAGGUCAGAUUUCCACAGUCUUUACAGCAAAAUAAAAUGGU